AGACAUUUUAUAUAAUUACUGAGAUCGAUCUACAAAUAGUCUCAGUGAUCCUAAAGAAUAGCUAGUAAUAGCAACCGUUAAGUAAGUAAGAACCAUGUAUAUCAAGAAGUUAAUAACAAGAUCAUUAGAUGAAGCUAGUGUAUAUAUCCAAGAUAUAGUAGAAAGAGAUUCAUUUACUCAAGAUGUUAAAUCAACAGCUCAAUCAUUUAGACAUUGGGAUACUUGUAUGGCCAAUAGAACUUGUAAAAUUGUAGCUAUUGUGGGGAUAUGUUUAGCAUCAUUAUUUGUACUUUGGAUGUUAAUGACAUUUAUUCAAUGUUUAUGUAUGGGAGCUACAUGUAUAGAAGCUUUAUGUUGUUGUUGUUGUCGUAAUAGUAAUAGACCAGUAUAUUCAGCUCCACCUCAACAACCUCAAUAUAAUCCAAAUAUGUAUCCACCAAAUCAUCAUUAUAAUACUCAAAUGAGACAACCACCAGUUCCAAUGUAUGAAACAAGUCAACCAGCUCAAGCUCAUUUUACUCAAGAUAAUUAUCCUAAAUAUGAUAGAUAUGGAGCUGCAUUACCAUCACCAUAUAAUGAUGAAGAAAGAGAACCAGUAUAUAGAGUAGUUAAAGUAUAAUCAACUUACAAUAUAUACUUGUUAGGGAUAUUUAGAAUUAAUAUGACGAACAAAGCAUUAACGAUUUAACACUACAAUAUUACAAUAUUACAAUAUUUA